AUGGUUGCGUUACCCGCCCUUAAAAAGAUCAGAAUCGUUGCUCUCCCACUCACGCGCCCGAGCGGAACAAUGCUCUCAUCGGGUCAACUGGGCCGCUUGACGUACUACCAAUUCCAAAUCUCUGCGAAGCAGAAGCAGGCGUCAGCGUCGGAGAAGGGUCAGGUCGCUGUUGAUGGCGAAGCUGAAGUGGAGAAGAAGGGGUGGUUGCCGGAGGAAGGAGUAACCAACUGGGUUUCGAAAAAGGCGGCGGAUAUUUGGGCUGGGUUCGGGAAAGCAAAAGGGGGCUGGAAGUUGAAGACUUUCCAGCUCGGAGAAAAGAUGGUGGAUAGACUUGAAUUUGAAGAACUGGCUCUUAAGAGCUUCGAUCCUUCUAUGGGCCCUUCGAUUACACAGCUCAAGCGCAGUCCGGUCUUGGACAAGAAGAAGCCUACGAUAAUCCCUCUCAUAUACCCUCCAUCACAAUUAACGCCUUCGGCAGCAUUAUCAGAGUUGAGCGCGUAUACGGGGCAUCGAAUGCCGCGCCAUCGACGUGGAUUCUUCUUCUGGAUGGCGGUCGCUCCCCUUACUGCGCCUUUCAUGCUUAUUCCCAUUGUUCCCAAUCUGCCGUUCUUCUUCUGUGUAUGGCGAUCAUGGUCACAUUAUAGAGCAUACAAAUCUUCCCAAUACCUGCACUCCCUUCUAGAGCAUAGACUAAUUGUACCAGAAGCAAGCGACGAGCUGGAUCAAGUAUACCAAACACAUUCAAUACCCCCACCUCCGCUUCAGCCGUCAUCCACUGCGUUUGAUACAGAUGUACCUCGGCACGCUCUUCUACUGGAUCGAGACGCGGUGCCCGCUAUCCUAUCCUUGUUGUCGUUGAAAACCGAGUCGACUGCCGCGGCGGACCUGUAUCGCGCGGUGGAACAGGCUCGGGUGAGGGUGUCGUCUGGCCGUGCACAGCUCUAG